AAACGAAAAGUGAAUUUGCGACGCGGGUGUAGGCGGUCGUUCUUUAGAGAAGUGCACGUGUAGUUUUAUUAAAAUAACCUUAUUAAUCGAUUAUGUGUAAUAUUUUAUAGUGAAAGAUCAAAGAACUGAGUUUUAAAUAUUACUGACAAUAGUUCGUGCAGCGUUUAAAUGAAUUGACGCCCCCACAUCACAGAUGCCAGUGCCAGUUUUAUGAUAGUGGGCGCAAUGGAGAUGUCGCACCAGGGCGGCACGGAGGCCGAGAGCCUCUUGCGCGGGGACCGGAGCGCCGUAGUCAUGCCGCCGCAGCGACGUUGGGAUGCAAAGGGCGAGGGCGAGAAGGCGCCCUUCUUACGAAACGAGCCCGUGAAACUGACGCCAGCCUGGGAGGGCUCCAACCUGCCCAAUGACACACUUAACUUGAAAGGUAUAGCUAUGGACUUGGCGCCACCCAAAGACAAAUGGAACCUAAUCUACUUGACUCUAUUACUGCACGGUCUAGGCACGCUGACCGCGUGGAAUAUGUUCAUAACGGCGAAGGACUACUUCGUGAAGUAUAAGCUGCUGAACGCCCCGCAAUACUCGGGCGACUUUAUGACGUACGUUGGAUGGGCGUGCCAAGUGCCCAACUUGCUGUUCAGUUGGAUCAACAUAUUUGUUAAGAUUGGGGGUAACCUGACGACGCGAAUAGUGUGGUCGCUAUGCAUGGAGGUGCUGAUCUUUGUGGUGACGGUGGUCCUCGCCAUGGUGGACAGCUCGCAGUGGUCGGAGGCCUUCUUUAUACUGACCGUCAUAUCUGUCUUCUUUUUGAAUGGUUUCAACGCAAUUUUCCAAAACUCCGUUUACGGGUUGGCCGCGCGUCUACCUCCCCAAUACACUGGAGCGGUGGUGCUUGGCUCAAACAUUUGCGGCACAUUGGUCGUGUUCAUCAGCUGGGCCUCUGACGUAUUCACGAGCAGCUAUAGGACGUCCGCGAUAUACUACUUCAUUGCUGGAAUGUUUGUGCUGCUCAUAUGUUUUGACACCUACUUCGCUUUGCCGUUAAACAGAUUCUACCGCUACCACGAAACAUUACAAGAGCGAACUCUACGUGUGAACCCCGCCUUAGCAGCGACCAAUCAGAAUGCGGAUCCUGUCCAAAAGAAGACGCCAUACGGCCUCAUAGUGAGGCAGUCAUUCAUACAGCUGUACAACAUCUUUAUAGUCUUCUUUGUCACUCUUGCUGUCUUUCCUGCAGUGCAUUCAGAUAUUCAACCAAUCACACCAGGCUUCCUUGGUAGUAACUUUGUCCGGAUAACAUGUUUCCUAACAUUCAACUUUACAGCAAUGAUUGGCAACAUCACUGCAAGUCUUUGGCAGUUUCCCACUCAGAAAUGGUUGUUCAUAUUCACGACAAUCCGUAUCUUGUUCAUUCCCCUGUACUUACUAUGCAACUACCAACCGAUGUACACGACUCGUACACUGCCAGUAUGGGUAAACAAUGAUUGGGCGUAUUGGGGGAUGGCCGUGUUGCUGGGCUGGAGUUCGGGCCAUGGCAGUUCUCUGGGCAUGAUGUAUGUCAGUGGAACCGUAGCCCCAGAGAAUGCGAUGACAGCGGGUAUGAUAGGAGGCGCAACACUAGUGACAGGCAUUGUGGCGGGUAUCACCUUCUCCAAGUUCUGCCCCGCACUAGUGUCUCUCAACGCGUGGACCAAUAUGUAGCGCAUAGUGUCCUACGUUGGGACAUUCUGGGAUGUCCUUGUGCGUAUUGGGAAGUGAAUGAAGUGUAAAAGUGAAGUGACGUCAAGUGUCGGACUGCCUUUUACGUAUAAGCCUUAGUGACUGUACGCUGACUGGAUAUUAUUACAUAUAAGUAAAGUUCCUUGAACAAUCAAUGACCUUUAUGUACUGUAUAGAUGGGUCAUUCUGUUACAUAAAGUAGUAUGACUAUUGAAAUUAGUAUGACAAUGUGGCUAAUUCAACACACAAUCUCUUGAACCAAACUAAAAUGAUGGGUUUAAAUAUAUUGCUACCCCUUUCAUAACACUCCCUGUGGAAAAGGAUGGCACUAGAUUAAGGUUGAAAGCUAUAAAGAUCACUUUGAAUUUUCUUAGAACGAGACAGAUUUAUGCCAGUUGUAUAACGCUGUCUCGUUUUAACAGUGCCUUAAGUCUGAGCAAAGUAAGUGCACUCUAUAGACCUCAGCCUUAGACAUGUCAUUUUAGUUUAGAGAUUGUGUAUGUAUUAGCCUGGCCAUGUGCAAAGCAGAAGUGACUCGUAGGCUUUAGUUUUGACCUAUCUAGCAGUACAUAGGAGUCAUUGUUUACAAUACAAUAGAGUGGAAUUUAAAAUGCAUUUAUGACUUUGAUGAUGUGAUAAUUGUCACUGACUUAUCGUGCUCAAGCGAAUUUUUUAGCAUUGCCUGCAAUUAUCCACAAUAAUAUAAAUACAUAAUUAUAUAAUUAUAAAAAUAUUUAAUACUUCAAUGGCUAAAGAAGCUGAAAUCCGAAAGGUUGGUGGUUGUCGUACCUACUCCUAGCACAAGCUUAAUGCUUAGUUGGAGGGGAAAGGGGAGUAUUAGUCAUGAUUUACUUAAUAAUGACUAAUAUUCUUUAUGAAAUAAAAUAAUAUUAUGACUUUCUUAAUCUUUUUUUCUAAAUUGUUCAAGUACGAAUUUUUAGUACUGUUAGAUAAUAAUUGUAUGAUUUUUCAAUGCUUUUUUCACAGCUUGCUAAAGUUGCGACUUUUAAUCACUAUACAAAAUUUAAUGAUUGUGUGAUCAUGUGACCAUGACAGUUUUAACUGAAGCUUAAAUAUAAAAAAACCUACAGAAUCAUGGCCCUGAAAUUAUGUUUUAAAAAUAUGAUGCAUUCAUUCUGUAAAAUGGGUAGCAUUUUGCUUAAAAAAGCAGGAAAGCAUUGUAUUGAUAAGUCAGUGACAACCUUUAUCAUUACAAAUGACUUAUUAAAGUUAGUAAUAUUAACAAAACUAUACUAACA